GCGGGUUUUCGACCUCUCCAAAAUGGCUGCCAUAGCCUGAUAAAUUCGUCACGUCCGGCUCAUGCUCAAAGGAGCCACCAAUAUGAGCCGCUCGCUUCCGGUAAUGCCUCCUUUUCGGCAGCGGCUAUUUCCUCGCCAACAUGCCACUCGCAAAAGACUUGUUGCACCCAUCCCCUGAGGAGGAGAAGAGGAGGCACAAGAAGAAGCGUCUUGUUCAGAGUCCUAACUCUUACUUCAUGGAUGUAAAAUGUCCAGGAUGCUACAAGAUCACGACGGUGUUCAGCCAUGCUCAGACAGUCGUGCUGUGUGUGGGCUGCUCUACAGUCCUGUGUCAGCCCACCGGAGGCAAAGCACGUCUCACAGAGGGGUGCUCAUUCAGGAGGAAGCAGCACUAGCUGUCCUCCCCGGAGCUGAAGGGGGAGAGGAGGGGAUGGACCGGUUGAUAUCAGCGUCUUCCGCCUUCGAGACGGCAGCGGCGGCGGAUCCUGCGGCCUGAUCGGAAACGAGAUCUGGAGGCUUAACGGGACAGCAGAUGGAUUUCCUCUGUUAAUGUUGACAGAUGGUUUGUUGCUGUAACUCCACCCUCCAACCCUGUCUCUCUAAAUAAAAUGUUGUUUUGGCUAAAGGAA